AAUUCCCGGCUGGGCAGACCUGGGGCACCAGGUUAACUCAUUCAAAUUGUUCAGGGCCGGGUUCAGGCUGGAGACUCCGCCCCACCCAGCAGCAUUUUAUAGCGUGGGCACAACUCUACAGUUUGAUCUCGGGUCCAAGCAGCGUGCCUGCUUUGGGGCCAAAAUCACCCACCCCCACUGGUGUCCCUUGCAAACCCCCGGGAUCCUGGGGCCAGUCUCGUGAUCUUUAGACGCUCGGAGCGGGCACCGCUGCCAGGCGCCCUGCCCCAGCGCUUGGCUCGGGGAACCCAGGCACCCCGCCCCCUCGGCCGGGUCGGCCCCCGGGGACACGCCUGUUCCAUAGCCCUGGCCCCGGUGGCGGCUGCGCUCGGUGUACGGCCCUCGGCACCGUGUCUAUAGGGGGCGGGCCGCAGCGAACAGCUCCCGCGGCCCAGAGAACAGGCGACCGCCGUUCUACAGCGUCCCUUACUCAAUGCGCAUGCGCGGAAGGCUUUAAGCGUGCGCGGGGCGGGACCGGGGGCGGGGUCACUUUGCGGACGUGGCGACUGCCACGGGCCGCCCCGCGCGGAAGGAACCGGUGAGCGGCCGCCCGCCGCCGCCAUUGCAAUGAAGAGUUCCUGGGGGAGCGGCAGAGGCUUCCCGAGAGAAUGGCCGGGAGGAACCAGCCCCCGGCCGGAGCCCUGCCCGCCGCGGGCGGCAGCCGCGCCUACCCGUUUGGAAACGGCCUCCAGGCGGACGGCGAGGCGCAGGAGGAGGACGGGGAGGUGUCCGAGCUGCGCCCAAGAGGGAGGGAGAAGGUGCGACGAAGCACCUCGCGAGACCGUCUGGAUGAUAUUGUGCUACUAACGAAGGACAUCCAGGAAGGCGAGACGUUAAACGCGAUAGCGCUGCAGUAUUGUUGCUCGGUUGCAGACAUCAAGAGGAUUAAUAAUCUUAUCACUGACCAGGAUUUUUUUGCACUGAGAUCUAUCAAAAUUCCAGUGAAGAAGUUCAGUUUAUUGACUGAAACUCAUUGCUCUCCAAAAGGCAAGCAAGUUUCAAGAUCCUUAUCUUCUACUCAGUUUUCCCCAGAAUUCCAAGAAACAUCACCAACUUCUGAUUCAUUUUCCUGUAAUGAGACUGUUGGCAACUUCUUGAAAGAAGUGGAUCGCGAUAUAGAACAAAUAGUAAAGUGUAAUGAUACAAAAAGAGAGAAUCUUAAUGAAGUUGUUUCUGCCUUAUCUGCACAGCAGAUAUGCUUUGAACCUGAUACUAAAACCAAAAAGCGGAAAGAUCCCUAUUAUGGAGCAGACUGGGGCAUAGGAUGGUGGACAGCAGUGGUGAUAAUGUUGGUGAUUGGUAUAAUAACUCCAGUUUUUUAUCUCUUAUAUUAUGAGGUUUUAGUGAAAGUGGAUGUUAGUCACCAUUCUACAAUGGAAUCUGCCCACUCACUAGUCACAGCACCAUCACAACAAAAACAAAUUGAAAAUGGAAUAAAUCCAGCCAACAUCAUGAAUGUUGAGAGUGAGGAAGAGCUUCAGCAUUAUAAUGGAAAGUCCCAGGAGACUGUUGUUCAUAGACACAUAACAUAACUUUCAGACGAAGAGAGAAACAGAGAAUGCAAAAUGCAUCUGGAGUGCAAAGAAUAGAUAUGACUGAUGUAUACAUUCCUUCUUUUGGGGCAGUAUUAAAGUACAAGGAUGCUUUGCUUCCUUUAUUUAAAUAGUUGUGGGAACCUGCCACAUUUACAUAGGAGAUAAUCCUUCUGUGGAUCAUUUAAACUGUCAAGCAUGUUGACAGAUGACAUUACCAGGUUUAAUGUGAGAUUGUCAUGGUAUAAAUAUGUAUGUAAACAGGUGUUUUUUGAAAGGCUUUGCACUUUUUUCUAUUUAAAUAUAACCUGGUUUUGGUUUGUUUUGUUUUUAAUUAACAAUUGCUGUUAAGGUGCAGUUCUGACAAACAUGACAUAAAUGAGUACAAUUGACUAUAAUUUGCUAUCUGAAAGCAUCUGCUUCAACAUGUUUAAUUUAAAAUAAAUAUGGUUUCAUGCUUUAUUUAUAAUAUAUUUAAUGCUAGAGAGGCUAUCUUCAUAUCCCAGUGUAUCGCUGUCAACUGAAGAGAUCUACUUCCCGCUUCAUAAUAUAUACCACUGAAUACAUAUUUAGUGUAUGGCUGGUGUAAAUUCUGUGUGUAAAACCUUUUCCAUAUAUAAAGUUCAAACCACUUUUUUCCUUAGAUCAGCGUGAGACUUCCUGAAACGAAAAUGAGUAUGUUGGGCUGAGAGCUACUGUUGACUAACUAGAAAGAUAUACUACGUUCAGUUUCAUAGACUGAUAGAGCACUGCUUAUGUUGAACCUUUUUUUUUUUUUUUGCACUAUGACUACUGCCUUACGUAACAGACAUCAAGUGGUGAGAUUGCAAAGACAUUUCAGAGAAGGUGGUGAGCUUUUCACCAUCAGUGCACAACCAAGCAGUUCAUUAAAUUCCUCCUUUUUGAGUAUAAGCAAAUUUACUUUACUGAAGUAAGGCCCAGUGUUCAGGCUGGGUCUCAUUUUCUGCCUGCGCUCCAGUCAAUAGACUCCUAAGCACUCUUUUUAAAUGUACUUCAGAAGCUUGCUUGAGGUCACUUUGUGUAUAAGUAGGCUAUGCUCUGAUGCCUAAACACAAUCCAGUUGUUGAGACAGAAGUCUUUGUCCUGUGUAAUAAUUAGCUGCUUAAACUUGAAGAACUAGAAAUUGGCUAAAUAACAUGUCGUUUUCUGUUCAACUACUUGUAUGGCAAAACAAUCCAAGGGGAUUGGCAUUUCCUUCAAUGACUCCUUACCUUUUUUGUAGUAUUAAGGAAAUGUCACUCUCCUAGUUACAUCUUAAAGUGCAAAAAACUGGUUUUCCUCAGUUGAAACAGCUGGUGGUUUCAGGUGUCUGAGUGGACGAAUCUGGUAGUCUGUAGGAGGGCUUCAGACGCACCAAUCUUUUCUGACUCACUCCCACAACACUUCAGAGGGAAACCCUGUGGCAUCUAGCAGAGAAAUUUGGCCUGCAGUGAGGGUGCAGCUACUGGCAGUGCCUUACUGCACCCAUGAUCCUUGUCAGCCAUUCUUGUGCUCUUAAAUUUCUUCCCUUGAAGAAGGCUGGUCCCUGCAUUUAGCAGUCACCUAAAUUUUUCCUAAGAAAUUUACAGCUAGAGAAGACGGAAAUGAGUUUUGAACUUACUAAUUUUUCUUUAAAGAGGAAAGGGGAGGUAUUCCUUCAUGGAGAUUUAUUAAAAAUUGAAUUAGUGCGUAAACUUACACUAAAUCCCAUCAUAUUUGCUCCCUGAAGCAAGGUUCUCACUGUUACCCUCCACUCAUAAUUAUUUCACCAUAUGAAUAAACGGAUAGACUUUGGGAGCAAAAGAGACUUGAGUGAAAAAUACUUCCCUUCAAUGUUAUGUUUUGUAUUUAAACAGCAUCUUGACCAAGUGUACAGUAUAAAUAAGUGAUUCUGAGAAAUGGACAUAUUUUUAAGAGAUGCAGUACUUACAAACACUUUUUCUCAUGUUUGAGAAAUCUGAUGUCUUACAGAUUUUAAGGAGGGCAAAUAGAGCCUCUUGUUAAAUGAGGCAAACAUGGUUCACUGACUAUUUUUAUUUAGAAAUUAUAAAACUUGAGAAAACAAAAAUUGCAUUUUAACGCUCAAGUGGUCUAAAAUUUGAUGGUAGGUGGAAGUACACUUUGAUCCAGUGAAUUUUUAUUUUGGGGCUAUUUUGAAUUGUUAAAGUGGCAGCUCUCAGAAGAAUUUGAUCAUGCAAAAUUUCUUCCAGAGAGGACCAAACUAGCUAUACAAGUAGGAAUUAUUUAACAUUUGUUUUAGAAAUAGUUACAAAAACUCUUGUUACAAACAUAAUAGCAGCUUUGCUUCUAUGGUCAAAACAUUAAACAGCUAGUUGUAGUUUAGAAACAGUUGAUUGCUUUAAUCUAGGAUUUCAACAUUACUUUUAAGGUACCUUAAUAGAAAUCAUAUCUAUGUAGGAUCUGGAACUCUUUAAGCAUAGAAUACAAUUCUGUGCUCUGAACAAACUUAGGCUUGCUUUUCUGCUUGCCUUAACUAGCCUCUUGUCUACUGUGUCAAUGAUUAGUUUUGGAACUACAAAAUGUUAAUUCUUUAUAAUGUCAGAGAUUGGUCCUUUCAUCACAAUAAAAGGCCCAAAAGAAUUAUUAACAAGCUGAACAACAUGAAACCAGCUUGUUUGGGAUUUUCAAAAGAUACAUUGCAUACUAGUUAUUUUCUGUAAGUGUGACUCAUUGCAUACACACAUGAGCAGCCAAAAGAAAAUACUAAAAUAUUAAAAUUUUGGUAAUAAAUUAUAAGGGUCAGAGUUGGUCAUACCUUGAAUUAGAAUCUGAAAGGGUUCUAUACUUUUAAAAUACAAGUAAAGAGACGUUGCUACUUAUGUUGCUCUGUGGCAUUGUAUACUGAGAGCUUUUGUUUAUCUACAUCUCACAUAAAAUAAAACAAUCCACAAGUUUGAGUUAAGGUCUGAGAAGACUUGUGGCUUAUUGUCAAUGAGUUCUUCCUUUUAUAAAAAAAAAAAAAAAAAAGCGUGCUGCAGCAGAGGUAUAAACCUUACCUUUUAAAGUUGGUUUUGAAAAAAUACUUAAGAAAGAACUUCUUGUUCUGAGCAACAUUCAGUUGGCUUAUAUAACAGCAUUUUUAAGACCAGAAAGUUAAUUUUAUCAGAGUUUGACACAGGUUUCCGUUGAAUAUGGGACUUCUGUUAGUAUUAAAGGGAGUUGCCUGCAUUAAUUUCAGUUUGCUUCUCUGUGGGUGGUGGUGUUCUGUUGCAAUUGUACUAUGUUUUCCAAACUACUAUGGCAGAUACUGCAGUAUCAACUGUAGCAGUGAAUAACUAUCUGGUUGCUCUUUGUGAUAUAGAUUCACACUUAAUAGUUAGAAGUGAAGUGGUAAAGCCAGACUCCUGUCAAAGCUGUUUUAACAGGGAAGUUGGAAUUGGGGAAAAAAUUUAUUACACAGUGAAUUCAAGUGAAAAAUCAUGCUUUAGAUUAAAUACAAAACAUUGUUUGCUCAGGAAGUCAAUUUUUAAUCUAAGUGCAUAUUGCACUGUUGGCACAUAUGUAAAUGCUUUAUUUAAAUCUGAUAUAUUUUGGAGUACACUACCACAAAUGGUCUUUGUAUAACAAAGUAUUUUAUACAGGACAAAAUGUAAUUAGAUGUGAAAUAAUGCAGUGCUGAAGAUGUAAGCCUCUUAUUAAACCUUUUGUUCCUUUUACUUGCUUCAUAGUUUUGGGAGAGCUCUGAGCAUUCUAAUAAAAUAUUUUUGUCUGCAGCGAAA